GGAAGGCGUUUCCGCCACCGUCUACCGAGGAAUCAGAGGCUACUGACGCCGCAAGGGCUACCAGCGCAUCGCCGGCGCCGGUCACAAGCAGAAGAUGCGAGUUGUAGAGCUAGGCGAUUCCGGCGGGGUGACGCGGCGGAGGUCGUGGCGCAUCAAGCUCACGCCGCGGCUGAACCUUGCCGUGAAUCUCCUUCGAUUUCGCUAUCGCCAGAUCGAUCACGCCGCAGGCGAUGUCUCUGUCACCGUCAGAAUCGAAGCGGUGCACCUCCGAUCUGAGGAUGUUCCAGCACACGUCCGAUCUAUCAGUUUCAGAGCAAAGAUCUCUCAGUUGUUCGGAUUUCGAGAAAUCUCGUUAUUUUUGGCUAUGAGUGAAGGUUCAAUUCGUAGGAGAAAUCAUUAGUUUAUUGUUUUUCUCUAGAAAUUUUGUUUCUCCGGCGUGAAUCGCGAGCGUAAGCGAGGUCAGAUCUGUGA